AUGAAGCUCAUUUCCUUUGUUAUCGCAUUCUACCAACUCUUCCUCGUCACCGGAGCUGCUCCGCUAGAGCGUAAGGACGAUGACUGCACCCAAACCCACAGCUCAAAGGCGACCUGGGAUACCGUCGAUAAAUACACCGUCGAGUUAUUCCAAGCGGAAGCAACAUUGCGACCUGAACCUAACCUCUGUCUGUUCUACACGCGCGGCUUGAGCGAGACGGCGCGGCGUUACGCGAAAACGAGACCGAAUGGCGAGUCUCCUAUGACAACAAUAUGGGAUGUCUGGCCCAAACAAUACUACAACAGCGAAGCCACGAGAACCAAUCCAUUGCGCUGCAUCAUGAACAACGAAACCUGGCGAACACAGUAUUACACCAACAUGUCCAAAGCCUUCGCGUCGCUAUGCGAAGUUUUUGCAACGGUCAUGGACGCCAGUAUCGGACCAGGCGCAGAUACUCCAGGUAAUGUCAACAAGGGAGGCCUUUGGUUUCAAGCGGAGUUUCCAGUCCUACAAGAGCAGAACAAAAUCCUCAUGAUAGAAGCCAUAUCGCCAGAUGGAAAUGUCGCCUGCACCUAUUGGACGAAAACGAAUGUUGUCCAGAACAGCAUCCAUGACACAAAUAUAUACGGACGUGGCAUGGCUACGGGCAGCGAAGCAUGGUUGGACAUAUUCUCGGUAGCCGAUCACUCGUUACGCGAAGGUUGGUAUAUGGGCUUGCAGGGCAAGUAA